AUGUCUGGCUCACCAGUAGCUAAACGGUCUCGAUCAGCACUCUGCCAGCCUCAAUCUUCAGCCUCAGGAUCCAUCAUGUCCGAAGAGUCUGGCAGACUUCGGGUCAGCGCCUCUUUACGCUUAACAGACACAAAUCAGGAGCGAGUGGCAUUCGGAAGUGAUACGAAAGAUUCCUCACUAUCGGAGCACCGUCAAGUAGACUUCAGGCAUGAUCAGCAGCAAUCAACUCACCUUCGUUCUUUGCAAACAUCCCCAGUCUCUUCGCCCUCACCCGGAGUCCCGCAACACGCAAAUCACGACCAGAAACAGCCCAAGAAUUAUCAAUAUAAUCAGCAUUUUCGAAUCCGCCAAUCUGCAUACCACUCGCAUUCAGGGAAUUCGGAUGCUAGCGAAGACGAUCAUGCCGAGAACGAAAUUGAUGGGGAUGCUCUAAAGACUGUCUCAUUUAGAACCUCAACUUGUACAGACCAAACACCUAUGACUAAACGAUUGAUUCGCCUCGGCCAAAAUUCUGGUGAACGAGUUGAUUUAGCCAGAUUCAGGUCUGAUUCGAGUAUUACGCGCCAGGCAUCAGUGGCACCUAGGCAACCUGGAAUAUCUUCAGGUCGAAAAAUUGACCCAGCCUCCGAGGGGGUCGAAGAUGACUUGGUUGUAGAAGAGGAAAGAGGUGUAAAUACUUCUUGUGACGAGCGUCAUUUUCGCUUGGUGAAUUCAAAGAGAAGCCUGCAGGAUUUUGAGGCUAACCACAGAGAAUGGGUUGGAUUAAUGAAUGAAAAGGAGCGAUUGGUUAAUCGGCCAAUCUUAGAGGUCGUUAGUGAGUGGUCAGGUGAUGAAACAAUAAUCAAGGCAAAUGAAGAUCAAUCUCGACAUGACUGGCGACACUCUAUUCGGCAAUUGGCGAACGCUAACGCUGAUAAAAAUGAGUGUGCAUGCGUUCUGGAAGGAAAGCUGUGUGUGGAGGAGAGUGGGGAUAAGGACGAUGAAGAAGAAGUCUUAUUUUCAGAUCAUAUAUCAUCAAAAACUAAUAACCACCGAUAUUCUGACAUUCGGGAUUGCCCCUUAAUCCCUUGCCUUCGGCCAAUUCGACCUUUGAAAGGUGAGUAG